GCGGGCCUGGCCAUUACCGUUCGGGACACGACCUGUUGGGCUGAGGACACCGUCAAAGGCCUCUCCGGACCCCUGGUGCCUUCCACUGGUCCUGCUCCAGCGGACGAGGCCGCCUGUCGGAAGCUUUGCCGCGUUCGCUCCAGCUGCGCCUACUACACGUGGAAGCAGGGCAACUGCUCACAAGUCGUGAAGCGCGCAGAUGGCGAUUGGCUUCAGGCCACGGCGAAGAUCUGGAACUGCUCCAACACGGACACCUGCCGAGAGGUGCGAACCCAAACCUGGUACCACAAUGGCAUCUACUGCCCAGUCGGCACUGAUACCCUGCGAAACAGUGUGAUCUACUUCAAAGCCAGUCCCGGAACAUUGGUGGAAGAUCAGCUAAUGCUGUAUCACCAUCGGGACGCCGUGGAUGGUGCGGUUGCAAGCUGUGCUGAUGGCAACUGG